CAGCAAACUGUAGUUUACAGUAAACUGAUAUAAACUAGGCCUAAAUAAUAAGAAUGAGAAAGAACAAACCUUUCUCUCUCACCACUCUUCAUCCCCAUUUCCCCUCCACUUCUCGCCGCCGUUCCGCCGCCACUCUCGCCCAACUCCCUCCCCUUAAAACCCAACACCAACCACUUCUAAACCCAACAAAACCACCCUCAAAAACCCAUCAACGAAAUCCGGUUCCACCCACCAAACAGAUUCAAGAACACCCUCUGAUUUCCAUCAUCAAAUCGUGUUCCCACAACACCCAUUUGCGCCAAAUUCAUGCCCACCUCCUCCGCACUUCUCUCGCUCAAGACCCCACCAUUUCCCUCAAGUUCUUGUCCUGCAUUGCGCUUUCUUCGUUGCGAGAUAUCGGGUAUUCUAGAAAGUUCUUUGCUCAGAUAAAGAGACCAUCUUUUCUUCACCACAACGCCAUGAUCAGAGCUUACUCUGUGACGGACAAGCCGGACGAGGGGCUUCGUAUGUACCAGGAUAUGAUACGGCGAGGCGUUUGGGCGAAUUCGUUUUCGUCGUCGUUCGCCGUCAAGUGUUGCGUUAGAAUUUCAUCGUUUGUGGGUGGAGUUCAGGUUCAUGGGAGGAUUUUGAGAGAUGGUAAUUUAUCAGAUUGUCGUUUGCUGACUACUUUGAUGGAGUUGUAUUCAGGUUGCGAGAGAUUUGGCGAUGCGCUGAAGGUGUUCGACGAAAUGCCGAAGAGAGAUACUGUUGCUUGGAAUGUGUUGAUAUCGUGCUGUCUAAGAAAUAAACGGACCCGGGAUGCUUUGAGUUUGUUUGAUGCUAUGCAGAGUGAGGAAUACGGGUGUGAGCCGGAUGAGGUUUCGUGUUUACUUGUGCUCCAAGCAUGUGCUAACUUGAAUGCGUUGGAAUUCGGGGAACGAAUUCGUCGUUACAUUGAUGAGCACGGUUAUGGCGGUCAUACCAAUCUAAGGAAUUCUCUUGUGUCGAUGUAUUCACGGUGUGGAUCGUUGGAUAAGGCAUAUGAGGUGUUUAGGGGAUUGCAGGAUAAGAAUGUGGUUUCGUGGAGUGCGAUGAUUUCUGGUCUGGCAAUAAAUGGAUAUGGAAGGGAAGCCAUCAAUGCGUUUGAAGAAAUGCAGAAGACGGGUGUUAAACCUGAUGCUCAGACUUUUACAGGAAUUCUUUCUGCCUGCAGCCACUGUGGGUUGGUUGAUGAAGGAAUGAUGUUUUUUGGCCGAAUGAGCAAAGGGUUUGGAAUAUCGCCUAACAUUCAUCACUACGGUUGUAUGGUUGAUUUAUUGGGGCGUGCCGGUCUGCUUGAUAGGGCCUAUCGGCUUAUAAUGUCAAUGGAUGUCAAGCCGGAUCCGGAAAUAUGGAGGACCUUACUUGGGGCUUGCCGAAUUCAUGGCCAUGUUAAUCUCGGUGAACGUGUCAUUGGACAUCUGAUUGAACUCAAGGCUCAAGAAGCUGGAGAUUAUGUUCUGUUGUUGAAUAUCUAUUCUUCAGCCGGCAACUGGGACAAGGUAACAGAAUUGAGGAAGUUUCUGAAGGAUGAAGCACUUCAAACUACACCUGGCUGUAGCACAAUUGAACUGAAAGGAGUAGUACAUGAAUUCGUUGCAGAUGAUGUUUCACACCUGCGAAAGGAUGAAAUAUAUGAGAUGCUAGCUGAGAUCAACAGUCAGCUGAAGAUUGCUGGCUAUGUAGUUGAGAUAUCGUCUGAAUUGCACAACUUGGGGGCACAAGAGAGAGAGUUUGUACUGUCUUAUCACAGUGAGAAAUUAGCGAUUGCUUUUGGGGUUCUCUCGACUCCUCCCGGCACGACAAUCAGGGUGGCCAAAAAUAUUCGUACUUGUGUCGAUUGCCACAAUUUUGCCAAGGUUCUCUCAGGGGUUUAUAACAGACAGGUGGUCAUUCGAGAUCGCACCCGCUUUCAUCAUUUCCUGGAGGGACGCUGCUCUUGCAAUGACUAUUGGUAGGAAAGCUUUGAGUUGGAAAAGAAAACACAUUGGUCAAAUCGAAGUUUUGCUGCAAAAAUUGGAUCAUUAGUCGAAUUCAUCAGUGUGGUGGCGAAUAGAUCAUGCGCAAGACCAACACUGGGACGCAGAUCAUGGCAGAGAUAAGAAUUGAAUUUUAACCUAAAAGGCUAAAACUCAAGGCUAAAACUCAGGAACGUAUAAUUCAGAUUUUGCCUCAAAUUGGUGCGUCUAGUGCCAUCAGAGUUUCUUGUACUUAUCAAAAGGGACAUUCAUUGUUUUGUUCCUGAGUUUUGCAAUAUGGACGAAUUAUUUGGUUAUUCCCUAGUCUUUGAUGACAGCAGCUCCUAUACAAAUACAACGAAAAUGCAGAAAUUGUAUACAGAAAGUACAUGUGCAGCCCCACUAACUGCCUUGCCUGCCAUAGUUAAAUACCAUGAAGCUACUAGUAAAAUGAAGCUUGACCGCAGCUUGCUAGAUUGACGGCAAAAAUUACGAGGAUUUGUAAUGAAUUUGUUUUUGUUGCUUGUACACCUUAUGAUAGAAGGUCAAUAAAAUGAGCACAACGGUU